AUGACCAACGAUGAGGAACCGAUCCCUGGGGAGGAAUGCGAUCCGCCCAGCGAGGACCUCUACACGAAAAAGAAGAAAAAAAAAGAACGGAACGGAAGUGUGUACUUUGAUAAGCUGAGGAAGAGCGAAUACAUCUGCGUGGAAAUCCCAGGGAGGAUCAGAAAAGGAAGCAGUGGAUUGUCAGCCGUGGAAAGCUUAGGGGGGAUAAAAAAAAUAACCGAAUUAUUUCAUCUCCAGAAUAAUGGACAUAGACAUGAAGAAAAUUUAAUCCUACGAGUUAACAACAAUGACAUGUUCUCCUCCUUCGUGUCAGCCAAUUCAGCAAAAGUGAACAAUAUGUUAAUUAAAAUUAAAAGGACAAGGAAGAAUAUCUACAAAUUUGAAUUCCUAGGGUUCGUUCGAUAUUUGUACUACUUUGACAAUAUGAUCGACUUUUAUUAUAUUCCCACGUUUUAUAACAGGCGCGAUUACAGCACUAAUUAUAUAGACUACUUAACGAGAGGGGGCCAAUGGAAAUCGAGAAAGGGGAAGGAAGAUCUCAAUGGUGACAAAGAAAAUGUGCCUCACAUGGAUUACAUUCCAAAUCGUCAAACAGACGGCUGGAACAGCAUAAUGGACACACAGAUGCGCAACCAUACGAGGCAAACCUCGAACGUGAUGAACCUAAGUGCACAGCUGUCUAAUUCUGAUGAAAUGGCUAUCUACGAACGGGGCUAUUCUCAAAAUAUGAGCAGUAACAAUAAAGUGGAAUCUAAUAAAGACGCCCAUUUGUUUUUACCCAAAUGUGGAAGUAACGAGAACGAUCCGAAUUUCUUUGUGUUCAGUCGGAACGGAGGAAGGGAGGCAGAAGGGGGAGAGCACGGAAAAGGCUUCUACCCAAUUAGCAUUGAAGAAAAGGAGGAAGACAACCAGGUGGGCUCCUUCACAGACAGGCGAAUUGCUGAAAUGGGCCAAGAUGUGAGAAUCCCACAAUGCAGCAGCAGAAUGAACGUUGCCAUCUCGGAAAUCCCCCCACGAGUAAACGUCCAAGAGGAACUUCCAGGUGGAGGACCAUCCCCCUUUGACGACUCCAGGUUUAACCACACGAUGCAAAUGGGUGCCCAAGAGGAUGACUACUUCUCCGACUCAGAUUACAAUGAAUUGUACAAAAAAAUCAUAAGCUGUAAGAAUAAUAUUGAGUUAUUCCACCAAGUGAAGGAGAGUGAGUUUUCCUCAGACGAAAGUGAAGGGUACGAAUUAAACUGUUGCAUCCAUAGCAAAAGUACAAAUCCAUAUUUCUACAGAAAUUACGAAGCGACAACUACGAGUAGAUAUCUCAGGGAGUACAGAUAUCUAAUAAGCAAAUUUACUGCUCCGAUCUUUUCGAACGUGGAACCAUACAAAGGAGAAAUGGAGAAGAUUAUUCAAGAGCUUAUCGUUAACAGAACUGAACAGGGAUCGCCGGGAGGUUCCACCUUCCAAGGCGUGGUUGGGAUGGCCCAGAGUGUGCACGGUGUGAUCGAGGAACAAGUGCAGAGUCGUGACAAUUUGGGUAAACCUGUGGGUGAAAAUUGCGAUGCAGGACGAGUGUGGGGUGUUAGAGACGGUGACGACGGGAAGCGGCAUGGAGAGAAUCGUGCGGGUGAAGAUACACGUGUGCAUUGUGAUGACCUCUCGGAUGACCAUUCGGAUGAUCAUAAGGCUAACAAUUCGGAUGAGCAUACCGCUAACCAUUCUGUUGACCACUCGGAUGACCGCUCUGACGGGGAAGCGCUGCUGAUGGAAUCACCCCCAAUGAGUGGCCCCCCAAGGAGCAGCCCCCCUCAGGACGACCACGAAACCAGCGAAUCUAGAAUCGCAAGCCGAAAUGUAAACCACGCAGAAAAGCAGAGCAACCAAAUUAUAGUAAGUAAAAAAACAGUCCACUGUAACCCGAUAGCCAAAUUUGAUGAUCCCACUUUUCCAUAUAUCCCAUUCGAUUCUGCAUUAAAAAAAUAUGUGUCCGAUAAGUUAUAUAAAAGGGUAAAGGAGCUGUUCGAACUGAGACCCAUUUGGUCAAAGGAAGUCAUAUUAGAACAUCUUGACAGUGUGAGCACAUACUGUCUCAAGAGUUGCUUCUCGCGAAUUUGCUUCUACUUCGGGGAUGGCCCCUGGAGACGCACCUAUUGUAAAUAUGGCUACGACCCGCGGAAGGACCCCUCCAGUUAUAUCUACCAAACAAUAGAUUUUAGGGACAACUACUUUAGAGAGAUUAAGAUGAAGAGUGCAAAUGAAAUGAACAGAAUCAUUCUAAAGAGAAAAAAGUUUAUCGAUAGGGUAGUUACAAAGAUUAUCAAAAGGGUAAAUAUUACGGGUAGGAGGGACACAAAUAAAAAGGGCAAACCAGAGGGCACUUGGCAAAAGGGGAGUAACACGAUGAGCGUGAAAAAAGAAUCUCACACGGACGAAGCACACACGGACGAAGCACACACGCAAGAAGCACAUACGGAUGAAAACGAAAAAAGAGAUUUUAACAUAUAUUCCGAAUGGUCGCAAAGUUUGUCCCAACAUGAUGACCAUGCUGAUGUUCCAAAUGCGGAGAAGUCUGGUUACCAUCCAUUAAGGAGUAACCAAUACCCCAAAGACAUAAAUGAUCUUAAAAAUAUGUUUGACAUAUAUUCAAGUGCUGUCUCCUCAAAUGAUGAAAUUACUCCUCAGAUGGAUGAAGAAAUUAAUGACAUCUUUCAGUUUUUAAAAAAAUCAAUCACCUUUCACUUGAGAAAAAGUUUUUCCGCGGAGUCCCACUUUUCUGUUAGCCCCCUGAAACUUUCAAUGGUGUAUCAGUACGUAGACAUAUACGACAACAACGUUGCAGAUUAUUUAUCCAACUUGAGGACGCAGGACGUGUGUACGAAGGAUUACGGAUGGAUGAACAGCAACGAUAUGGCCAAAAUUAGGGACAUUCUGUUCGUCCGGUCGGUGACGCUGAGGCGGGCCCACAUAAAGUGA